AUGGAAGAGAGUAAAAACGCUUUUCAAAAGAAAGAUGAGAUCAAAGAUAUAUGCUUGACUGCGGGCUGUAUUAAUGCAGCCUCUCGACUCAUUGUUUCCAUGGACACCAGUGUUCACCCUUGCGAUGACUUCUUUGAGUUUUCCUGCGGCAACUGGAAUAGACUGAAUACGAUUCCAAACGACAGGGCCAUUUACAACACUUUUACAAAGCUGGGAGACGACAUCCAAACAAUACUCAAAAGUCUACUUGAGCAGGAAAUCCAACCCGAACUAGACAGUGAAGCCACUAAAAAAGUCAAGAUCGUCUACAACUCUUGCCUCAAUGAGACUUUGAUAGACAAAGAAGGCUUGAGGCCCAUCAAUCAACUCUUUGAAGAGUUUGGUGGCUGGCCAAUACUAGAGGGUGAUGCAUGGGAAAGUAAGACAGAAACGUUGAGUCUGUUGGUUAAUCAGUUUAACUACAACACCAAGGCCCUGGUUGACCAUCUUGUGGGUGCUGAUGACAAGAAUCCUGAACUCAACAUUAUUCAGCUUGACCAGCCUGAGCUUGGCAUGCCGUCUCCGGACUACUUCCUGUAUGACGAUGCCAACAGUAAGCUGCUUGUCUACAAGAGAUUCGCUUUACAAAUGGCUGAGGCCUUGGGAGCCGAGGCCCAGACUGCGAAACGAGAUGUUGAUGCCAUGAUUGACUUUGAAAUCCAGCUUGCUAAAAUUACAAAACCUAAGGCUCAAAGACGGGACAAUGAGGCAAUGUACAAGAAUAUGACCAUUCAAGACUUCGCUCUAAAGGUCCCUGAGAUUGAAUGGCUGAAAUACCUUCAGGAGAUUUACAAAACUGCUGAUAUUGUCAUCACUGAACACGAGACUAUCGUGGUCUACGCUCUCCCUUACUUUGUAGCUUUGGGAAAACUCAUUCAGAGGAGUCCUACAAGAGUUCUCGCAAAUUACGUUAUAUGGAGGUGUCUGAUGGCAAGAAUAGACAACCUUCCAAAAGAAUACAGGAAAAUUCGGAGUGAGUUCAGUAAGCACAUCUUUGGAUCAGAGUCGGAGCCCCCAAGGUGGUACGACUGUGUUAGUUAUAUCAACGAUAACAUGGGCAACGCCGCUGGACGUCUCUUUGUUGAAAGACACUUUGAUGAAGGUUCAAAGGAAACAGCCAUGGAAAUGAUUGAUGAUAUUCGUGAAGCUUUUUAUCAACUUUUAGAUGAGGCUGAUUGGAUGGAUGAUACAACACGAGUGGUUGCUAAAGAAAAGGCACAGGCUGUGUCUGUAAACAUUGGUUAUCCUGAGUCGAUAUUAAACAACACGGCACUGGAUGCGGAAUAUGACGGGCUGAUUUUCCAUCCAGAUCGUUUUUUUGAUAAUGUUGUAAAGCUUCUAAAACACAAAGCUUUCUCAACGGUGAAGAAGUUGCGACAGCCUGUUGACAAGUCAAAGUGGUCUACGACGCCAGCUAAUGUCAAUGCCUAUUAUAGCUCCAUUAGAAACCAAAUUACUUUUCCUGCUGCUAUUCUACAACAACCAUUUUACAGCAAAGACUAUCCCAAGAGCCUAAACUACGGUGGUAUUGGCAUGGUUAUAGGGCAUGAAAUGACUCAUGGAUUCGAUGAUAGGGGUCGCCAGUAUGAUAAAAAUGGAAUUCUCGUGCAAUGGUGGGAUGAUGAAGUUAUACGGAGAUUUAAGGAGCGAGCACAGUGUAUUAUCGACCAGUACAACAACUACAGCGUCCCUGAGGUUAAGAUGAACGUCAAUGGCAUUCAAACACAGGGGGAGAACAUUGCUGACAAUGGGGGACUAAAGGAGGCCUAUAAGGCCUUCAGAAACUCACGUGGACAUCUAGAGCAAAGAUUACCUGGCCUGCUUGAAUAUUCGAAUGAUCAGCUCUUUUUCAUCAACUUUGCUCAGGUAUGGUGUGGUGUUAUGAGGCCGGAAGCAACAGUCACCCGGUUAAAGACAGGCGUCCACAGCCCUGGCAGAUUUAGAGUGAUUGGAACAUUGCAAAACAUGGAAGCGUUUUCAGAAGCAUUUAACUGCUCUGUUGGGUCUUACAUGAACAAAAAAAAUAGGUGUACUGUAUGGAGGUUCUAG